UAGAUCUAAAUCUAGUCUAGAUUAGAUCCAUGUGUCUCAACUUUUCCAAUGAAGUCUUAAAAUGUCCUAUGUAUUAGAAAAGUCAAUUAAAUCUGUUGCUUGGGGGCAUCUCUUUGUUAAGCCGCAUAACAUUUUUAAUAACAAUGUACGAAUAGGCUAUUCAAGGCCGAGGCGACAUGAUUUCACCGUCCGGUUUCUCCGGAGUCUUACGGUUUUCAUCACCUCUGAUCUGCAGUCUGCAGUUGCCGUAAAUAGCCGUGAUACAAACAUGGCUGAGGGAGACUCGAAGAGUGUCAAAACAUAACAAGGUUUUCUAACUUCAGAUCAAACACAAUGCAAUGGAUAUGGAUGUUUUGUUGAUUCAAGCUGAACUUGUACUGCCUUCUGAUCACCCAAGAUUGGGUAGUGUUUAAAAAAACUCAGUCUGCAAAACAACAACGUGGUGGAGGACAAUGUAUUGGGACUGGGCUUCUCUCCAAGAGGAGAUUCAGUGUGACCGUGGCAACCAAUCAGUGCUCCAUAAGUUCCCUGCCAGUGUGGGUCGGGAAGUGGCCUGUCAUGUGGUCAAGCACAUCGCACAAAGUCUCAGUAUUGCCUCUGGCACAGAUGAGCCGAGCAGUCUGCAGGAUGAGAAAGAUGUCAACUGGACAAUGGAGGUAUUGUGUUUCGGUCUGGGUCUUCCGUUGACGGAACAUGAGACCAUUAACAACUGUGUCAAGGUCUAUGUGGAGUGGCUGACAGCACUGGUCAGUCCCAAGCCUUGUGUCCCCAGACCAAUUGUGGAGGACCCAAACCCUUUUGCUCAAGUCAUGCUGCACCAUUUGCUCAACUUAUUCACACCGCGGCCAGAUUCAGGGCCAGACCUUGUCAACAAACAGGCAGUACUUUGCCACAGGGUUUUGCGGGCCAUUGAAACUGUUGCAAAAGAGUCAACUAUCCUCACAAGGGAGACUUGGGAGGUUUUGUUGAAAUUUCUAUUGGCAGCAAAUGACAGUUUACUGAGCCCUCCCACAGAAAAAGACGUUAUUGGAUUGAGUAAUGAUGACAUCAGCGACCAUCUGUGUGACCGAGUGCUGAGCGUGCUGUUCCUUAUCUGGCUGACAGCAUGCCACAAGAGCUUCCCCUCACCCUCCUUGUGGAAGACAUUCCGCAGCAUGUGUCUGUUCUGGCGCCACCACGAGGCUCUGGUCACUAUGUGGCACCGAGUCAACCACGCCCUCACUGCGCAGAUGCUGAAGAUCAUGUAUGGGCCAGACUUCCCUGACAUGACUAUAGGUGAAGAAGAGUCCCAACUGCUCCCAGUGGACAUGAACCCGGAGUCUGUGGCUCAGUGCUGGUUUCGUUUCCUGCACAUUCUCCAGAACCCCGUGGACUUGAGCCGGCCGGGAGUGGUCAGCAACACGCCAAAGUUCCUGCAGCAUGCACUGACCAGUGAGGCUGUGGUUGACCCCUCCUACCACCCUUGCCUGGCCCGACUGCCCCUGGUCUUUCUUCGAGCAAUGAGGGGUAUCUCGGCGAUGGUCAAUGCCUUUUUAGGCCUGCCUCAAGAGAUGAAGAUGGAAAGCCAGGUGUCAGAGGUGCUGCCCAAUGUGGUCGGGAGUAAAGUCGUGACCACGCCCUCCACCCCGCCAGGCCAGAGAAAGGCAGCCAAGACCAUCUCUGUGCUCACUGGGACUUUGGCUACCAAAGUUUCAUCCAAGUCCCAUGCAGCCAAGAACAUUGCAGUGCCACCUUCCAACAGCUCGACGGUGGAGAAACUAUUGCUGGACACCCGCCUGCCCUAUGCCCCUCAGCGUCCUCAUUGCAACAGCAUCCUGCACCUGUUUGCUGCCUGGCUCUUCGAUGCUUCGCUGGUGGGAGUCAAGCUGCACCCAUCCCAUGCUGCUCCAGCCAAGGAACGUCGCACAAGUUCUUUUAUAGAGUCCAAGCACAGUUCUCUGUCUAUGGACCUGAACACAGACCCUAACCAGACCCGGGACGUGGCCUACCAGGCGGGCCGGGCUGAGGCCUGUGGGGCCCUCUGCCGCAUCUUCUGUGCUCACAAGACAGGAGAGUUCAUCCUGCCAGAGUACUACUCUCGCUUCUACAUUGUCAUGUACUAUGGCUUGCAGACUGAUGAGCAGUCCAUAAGUGGAGAAGUGCUGUCCAACAUCCUGUUCAACUCGUGUUCACUGCUGCGUGUUGACCUAGCUGGAGUACAACUGCUGUUGCCACAUAUCUUAAAAGCCAUUGAACUUGUCCUUAAUAGAACAGCACCAGAUUUCAAACUGUGCGAACAGAUCCCUUACACAGAGCUCAGGAAGGCCAGCAUUCACCUGCUUCUGUCCAUGCUGUGUCUCCCCUUGCACUUCAAAGAUUUACAAAUCAAAGAUAUUCUGAAGAAAGAUGACAAUCAACCUACUGUGACCUUCAUAUCUCUUCGUACGCGGAUCACAGAGCUCAUCCGGGUGGCUCUUACAAAUGAAACAGAUUCCCAGAAUACUCAGAUGUUGCUAGGAGGCUUCAUGUUAGUGGUGGAAGACCUGGCCACAUGUGAGCAGGCUGACAACAUCCCACUUCAGCCGCAGCAGGACUAUUCUGAUACAGAUCUGCACCCAGACACCAGCAGAACCAGUGCCAGCACCACGUCUACAGAGACUAACAGCUUUCAGGACACUUCUUACCAUAGGCUACAUGCUCCGCCACCCAAAAAUCUAGACACUGCUUAUGGUCUGUUCGGCCAUGCGACGUCACUGGUGUGUAAUCGACUAAUGGCCUCAUGGAAGACAGACCUCAACGUGGCCCUCGCUGCCAUGGAACUGCUGGCCGGCCUGGCCAAGGUGAAGAUCCGACCGGCCAACAUGCUCAUGUGCAAGCGAACAGUGAAGUGGAUGUGUGACCUCAUUGUGUUUCAGUGUUCUCGCCCUGCCCCGAGCCACUCCCGGGAUCUGCACUCCAUGUUGUGCGCGGCCUUCAAGUGUCUCCAGCUGUGGCUGGUGGAGCACUGUUCUUUGCUCUAUGACCGCGAGUGUCUGCAUCAGGUCUUGGAGGUGGUAGAGCUGGGCAUUUCUGGAUCAAAGUCACAGACUAAGACUCAAGAAAUGCAAACAGUUAAGGUGAAAAUUGACAAGGAGUCAAAGUCUGUGUCUAUGAAGAAUCGUGCAAGUGAUCCUCCCAAGUUCAAGGGCAACAAAGAGCUAAUGCCAGCGUCGAUGAGGGUCAAGGAUGCUGCUGAAGCUCUACUGACCUGUAUCAUCGACCAAGUGGGUGCAUUCCCGCCGCCUUGUGGGCCAGAGUCCUUGUUCUCUCUCCUGGAUGAACGCUCCCUGCUACGCUUUGCCAAGGGGAGCUCACUCCCAGAACAAGGGUCAUUGUUCCGCUACUUUGUUAUUGACAAAUCGGUCAUUGUUGGACUUUUGGAGCAGCCACUUGGCAACAUUGAAGAUCCUUUACCGACUGUGACUGCUCUCAUCCGAGGGGCGUUUGGCCGACAUGCGUGGACCAUGCAGCUCAGACAUUCUCCCCGGGCCUCUAAGAUCUCGUCCCGUGCCCACCUGUCUGAUCCUGGACGACCCAUUCCUGACAACAGCGUGGGAGUUCAGCACAACGUCAAGCACCGCUACUUCCCAGAAAAUGUCAACAGAAUCCCGCAGACUAAAGCGGACAAGAGUAUCCCUGUUCUAGAAUCAGUGCUAACAGAGAAACAGACGGAAGAUGCUGAGAAGAUGAAAGGUCUGAUUGAGCAGGUUGCGACCUUUGAGCGAGAGGUCAGCCACAGGGCAAGACUGGAGAGAGAGAAAACUCCAUACCCAGACCCAGUCACGGAGUGUAAACCUCCAAAGAUUUGCAAUGAGUACCAGACUGCACGUCUGUUCCUCUCCCACUAUGGCCUUCUCUCUCUAGAGGCUCUCAAGGAGCCGUCCAACAGCAGUGUCCCCCCUGACCUUGUGAUGCUGGACACCACUAACUCUGGCCUCUUCUCCGACCUGGAAUGCCUGGACUUCAUCCCCAGUCGAGACAAUGACACCGUGCACAUCUUCUACAUGAAACAUGGACAGACAUCGGCUGUGGAUAUCCUCAAUAAUGUGACUUCAUACAACAGUGUGCAGCCGCAGUUUGUAGAGUUUCUUCAUGCCUUGGGCUGGCCUGUGGACGUGCGGAAACAUGCAGGGUGGACUGGACAUGUCAGCACCUCCUGGAAGAUAACGGAACCGGAUGACAUGGACGAGGACGAGUAUCAGACGGGUACGGGGGGCAGUUUGUACGAUGGCAGACAGCAGGUACUGUACUGGGCUGACGUCUUGUCUGAAAUGGCUGUGGUUGUGCCCUCUCCUGAGACCUACAAAAUGCGAACGUUAAACACCACAGAGCAAGACAAGUCACCACCCAUGUACCGUGGAGGCCCCUACACCAGCAGCCCAGACCCUCAGAAACCCACCACUCUGCUACUGGAGGCUGAACGGGGGAGGGCAUCAGAGAAAGAUUCCCCGGGCUCACCACCUGAACCACAGACCAGCGGGUCAGGGGUCAAGUACCGUCGGCUGGGACGUCAGCCUGCCCUUAUGACAGGACCAGAUACAAAAGUUUUGGUGGUGUGGCUAGAGAACUUUGAGGAUCACGACAAUUUUCCCAUUGCGGACUUGCUUGUGGUGACGGGCACAGGUCAAGAUCAGUCCACAACUUCCAGCUCUACCUCUAUGCCUCGGGCGCAGGAAAAAGAUGUUUAUGUCAUCUUUAUUCAUGCGCUGCAGAACGGCCUGUUCCGCAUUCAGAUGAUGGAGUAUGAAAAGACGCAGACCAAGAUGUCUGUAGCGAUCCCGUUGGUGGAUGGCAUGGUUGUGAGUCGGCGCACGCUGGGUUCCAUGGUACGACAGACAGCCAUCAACAUUUGCCGAAGACGCCGCCUAGAAAGUGAACUGUAUCAGCCACCUCAUGUGAGGAGGAAGCUGAAGAUUCAAGAGAUGGUAAACAAAUAUAAGUGUACAAUGUCUCCCGCCGAGUUCUACACAGCACUUUUCCAGGAGGUACCAAAGUGAAGAUGACGCUCCAUCAAGUGUCAUUGCAAUACAGGUGCUGUUUCAUCUCAGAUCAGUGGCUGAAUGCCUCAUGGGAUUCAAGCCUUCUCUGCUUUUAUUUGAAAAGUUUGUAGCUCUUUCUGGGUGUAAUUGUCACAGGUAUUUCACCAGUCAAGACGGGAUGUGGCCAGAAAAAGUUAACAAAUAAUGCUUUGUGAACGUUCUAGUCUCGAAGCACUGAUGUGGCACUAGACCAUAUGGUAUUCCUUUUCAAGUGCAGGAACACAAUGAAGGGAAAGGAUAUUGACCUUAUUGAAAGGAUACAUGUUUAGUCAUUGUACUAAUGCUCAUAGUCAACCGAGAGGGGGGGGGGGACAUAACAAAACCAGACAAUCCAUAUGUGUUGUUGAGGGGUAAAUACCAUUAUCAGGAUAAGAUGCUAUUGUCUGUUGUCCACUAGGUUAGCAGUUUGUUAGUCUCAUGAAAGUAUUGAAUCGUAACUCAUAAGUCUUUACAUGUGUGUGAGUUUGAAAAUGAGGGGGAUUGUUUUAUUGAAGAAAUUUGAAUGAGAGAUUGAUUUGGAAAAAUGAGAAAGUGUUUCGAGGAAUAUAGUGAUAACUUGCAUGUUUAUACUAAUGUGUCCUUGGCUGUGGGAAUGAAGUACUUAAUACAUUUUUCUAAUUUGAGAUGACAUGGAAGAAUGUAAAUUUCACAUGUGGAGGAUAAAGUUUUGUCUUGAUAUUCUUUGUUUAAUUUAUGGAUUUCCUGUCUGUUUAGUUGUUUUCCUGUCAGAUUGUGUUGAUGAUUUCAUAUUUAACAACAUGCUGGGAGACAUGUAUCACGACGUAGUGGAAUGGGGCGCUCGUCAAUUUUUGGGCAUGUGGAGUUACUGGUAUCAUCUUGAAACUGGUUCAUUUGUCUAUCUUUUGAUGAAAAAAAACGCGUGUGUUUGAAGGAGGAUGGGGUUGUCUGGUUUCAGAGGUAAAAUUAGCAAGGAAAUGGCUUCCAAGGUUUGGUGGCUUCCAAAGCUUGAGAGUCCUUAGAAACUGUUAAUUUACAAUUUUUUGCCCCUUUAAUCAAUGUUUACUAGUUAAAUUCACUUUAAAAAA